UUUUCUGCUCUCUCAGUCUCAAUACCUCUGUAGUAAACUGCUCUAUUUCUCUCUCUCUCUCUCUCUCUCUGUCUUCACAGCCCUGCCACUGCUGGUAGCUGCUCCCUUUGUUCCUUGUCAUUGUUUCAUAGAUGGGAAGUUGUGAGUUUGGCACUCUUCUUGAACUGUUCAAAAUCGCCGGCCACUAUGUGGUGGUGCCGGCAGGACGUGAACUCGGCUACAUGCUAUGCUACAAGAGCAAGGUGGAGGAGCUUGAACACCAGGUUAAGGACCUGGGAGAUGCUAGAGAAAAGAUUCAGCACUCGGUUGAUGAAGUCAUAUGCGAUGGAGACAAGAUUGAGAGCGAAGUCCUAAGAUGGCUCAACAAAACCGAUGAGCUGACUAGAAUGGCUCAAGAGCUGAUCGGGGACAAGGGCAAAGCGAGUUGCUUCGGUGGAUGGAUCCCAAAACCCACUGGGCGCUAUCGGUUGGGCAGGAGGGCCAAGAAGGUAGCGCUGAUGAUUCAAGAACAAUAUGGGAAGGGGAAAUUCGAAAAGAUUUCCUACCACGAUGCAGAUGCAGGGGAGGAGACCGCUGCCUCAUCCUCCUUGGAUUCGGCCCAGCUCAACGUUCCCCUCCAGUCCAGGACUGCAAUCUUGAAGAGGAUCAUGGAAGCUCUAGAGGAUGAUCGGAUGAAAAUCCUUGGUGUAUCCGGGAUGGGCGGUGUUGGAAAAACCACUCUGCUGGAUGAAGUUGAAGGGAAAGCCAGGGAAUCAAACCUUUUUGAUGAAGUUAUCAGGAAACUUAUAUCCGAAAAUCCAGAAAUCAACAGAAUACGAGGAGAAAUAGCAUUAAUUUUGCGCAAACUCGAUAAAAAAGAUGAAGGAAAAUCAUUCCAUAAAAAGGAAGGUUCUUAUAAUUCUUGACGACCUCUGGAAGAAGCUUGACUUGAAGAAGAUUGCGAUUGCCGAUGGCUACGAGAAUCUGGAUAUCAAGUUAUUGCUAACCUCUCGCGAUCAAGAUGUGUUGGUUAAUGAAAUGGGUUCUCAACAAACUUUCCGUCUUGGUGCCCUGAGUAAGGAAGAAUCGGAGCUCUUAUUCAUGGCAAUAGCAGGAGAAAAGUUAGUUGAAGAUCCUAAAUUGCAUCUCCUAGUAGUUAAAUUACUCGAGAAGUGUGAAGGAUUGCCCGUUAUAGUCGUACCGAUUGCCAAAAUGUUGAAGAAUGACGUUUUUUCAACUUGGGAGGAGGCAAUGGAACACAUCAAGAAAUUGCAAGCUGGUUACUCAACUUUGGAGCUUAGCUUUCAGCAUUUAGAAGAUGAGAUCAAACAAUUGCUAUUGACUUGCGGUCUCAUUAGAAGGCACAGCAUCCCGGUGCAAAGUCUACUAAAAUAUAGUGCAGGGUUGCGCUCAUUUGGGGGCACCAACAUAAUCGAGAGAGCUCGAAAAGAAAUGACUCGGUCGCUUCAUAAACUCCAAGCCUCUUCUUUGCUGCAGCAAAGUGAUGACAAUAAUCAUGUCGUUAUCCAUGAUGUGGUUCAUGAAGUUGCAGUCGGGAUUGCAACUAAAGAUCAUCAUGCUUUGGUGGUGACCAAUAGUGAUGAUAUGAAAUUGUUAUCAGCAGAAAAUCUUGAGGAAAGCACAGCAAUCUCCAUGCGUAAUACUGCCAUUGAGGAUCAUCCUCGAGAGACAUGGAUGUGUCCAAACCUAACCAUCUGUAUCAUACACGCAGCCGAUUAUCUCUGUGUCCCAGAUUCCCCUUCUACAGCCGAUGAUGUCAAUUUCGUCCAGCAAUCUUUUUCCCCAGAUCCAGAUUUCUUCAGUGGUAUGAGGAUGCUCAAGGUCUUAGAUAUCAGAGAUAUGCAGUUUACCAACCUGCCUUUAUCAGUUGGAUCUCUACAGAGCCUUACAACGUUGUGCCUUGAUUAUUGUUCUUUCUAUGACGUCGCCAUCAUUGGCCAGCUAAAACGUUUGCAAGUUCUUAGCUUCAUUGGUUCCACGAUUCAUUGGUUGCCGGAGGCAAUAGGAGAGCUAAUUGACCUAAGACUAUUAGACUUGAGUAAAUGCUCAAAACUAGAGGUUAUAGAACGCGGUGUAUUAGCAAAAUUAACCCGGUUAGAAGAAUUGUACCUUGAUGAUAGUUUUGACCGAUGGCAGGUAGGGGACAAGGCAUGGCUAGCUAGUCUCAGUGAGUUGAAUAAUAUGCCCCAUCUAAGCGCUCUUCACACGCACGUGCCCUCUGAAAGUGUCCUCCCUGAAGCCCUGCCAUUUGGAAGAUUGGCUAGGUAUAGAAUAACAAUCGGUGAAAACAAAUUGUAUACCGACUACAGGGAGCAACGAGUCUUGAGGCUUUCAUUCGAGGAAUCCACUUAUAUUCUUUUCCACGAGUGGUUUCAACUUACUUUGCAAAAGAGCCAAGUUCUUCAACUGCAGAACUUGGCAAAACAGAACGGAAGUAUUAAUGAGCUAUGCAUGGAUGGUUUUCAAGAAUUAAAGCAUCUUCAAGUAGACUUUUGUUCCAUCCGUUACAUUGUCCGCGCAACAGCAUGGUUUCCAUGCCGUGCUUUCACAAUUCUUGAGUCCAUGUCUCUUGGUAAUUUGGAUAUCUUGGAGAAGAUUUGUCAAGGACCUCUCCAGCCUGAGUCUUUUAGCAAGUUGAAAAGCUUGAAAGUCUCAGGCUGUGCCAAGUUGAAAAAUCUAUUCAGCCUUUCCCUUGUAAAUUGCCUUACCCAACUUGAGGAGAUUGAAGUAUCCGGAUGCGAGGAAAUGCAGGAGAUCAUCGUGGAUGACAGGGAAAUUGAAAAUGAAGAUGAAGAUAAACCAGCACAAGGACCUGCAGGUUGUCAUUCCAAUGACGUAGCAAGUCAUUCGCAUCUUCUGUCAUGGAGGGGUGCUGCGCAGCUGAAAGAUAACAGAAAAGAUGGAUGCGGCAUAAUAAUGCCAGUUAUAACUAAGAGAACAAAAGAAGCAGGAAGAGCAGUUUGGGCAGAUGAUCUAGUUAAGUUGCGUAAGUUACGCCGUUUGGCACUACAAAGAUUGCCAAGUAUCACGAGCUUCUUCUCUAUAGCAAACUCCAAGAAGCCCUCGGAUAGAGCAUCUCAAAAUGGAUCACUUGCUAGAGCUGUUUUCUUUGAUGCCCAGCAGGUUUCAUUGCCCAUGCUGCAGUCACUGCGUCUACGUGAUGUUGACAUAAUAGAAGAGCUAUGGCAUGGUCCGCUAGAGUUGCGCAACCUAAAAGAUCUAAAGGUGGAGAAAUGCAAAAACCUAGUGAGCGUUGUCAACUUCACGUCACUAAUGAAACUCCAGCAGUUGGAAUCGUUAUGCGUCGAAGAAUGUCCAUCCGUUAGAAGUAAUUCUGAACCUUGACAUGGUGGACCCUGCAGAUGUAGAC